AAUCCAAAUUGGUCAAGAGGCUCGUGAAGGGUAUAUUCUGUGUCGUAUUAUGUGACAUCGCUUAAAAGGAACAUUUCCCUACUUGAAAAUUCAGUUGAGUUACUCAAAAGAACGCUCAAGACUUUUUAUUGCUUAUCUUAAUGGCCAGCUCGCACUUUCUCAAUUCACGUGUUUUUACCGUCAUCAUAUGCUAUUGAUACAACGUCUGGUGUCCAUGGCCAGAUGUAGUGCGUGAUGCGUGCAGAAGGUUCGAUCUAGUAACAUGGCUGCUCCACGGCGUAGAAUUGCAGCUGUGUGGGUGUUACGCGUUUUGUGGUAUUGACAUGCUCGGAAUGCAUCCAAGAGCGCAUGCUCAUUGUGUGUAGUGAAGGGGUACGUAAGGAAUACAGCGCGUGAAUCGAACUUGAUGUUGGCAUUCUCUUCCGUACGCCGAAAUCAGUUCAUUUUGUGGUGUGCUUUGCGUCCUGUAACGGGACUGCCUUUGUGUGUGCAGGCAGCGUGACGACUUCGGUAGAACACGUUUCUUGUGGUUGACAUGUUUCGUUCGUGAAAGACGGAGACAGUGAUUGAAAAUCUAGUGGCCCGAUGUCCUUGGCGGCAAAAUGGCUUCUGUAAUGGGCUCAUCAGUUCGUUAGUCGAACGUUUCGUCUGAAAAUAUCCCGAGUUAGCCGAAACUGUGAACACAUUUGCGCGAGGAGACCUACGCCUUGCUGGUGAAUGCUGACGGCUGGGGCAGGCAGCGGAAGCUGGUCGUAUUGUAGAGGAAGCUGCCCCAGCUUGAUCUCCCGAAUCAGAGGGCAUCGGCCGUCUUGGUCAGCCACUUUUCCUGCUAUCUUCUGAGCCUCAUCUAUCAAACUGGAUCGGUUGCCUGAGUAUCUGCGGGAAACCGUUGACUGGCUUAUGGGGCGAGGUCGGCGGAAAGAAAGAAGUGGGGAUGGCGUGGGACAAUCCGCCGAAGAACAGAAACUUUACCUUCAGGACCAGGUGUUGGAGCGGAAGUUGACCAACGCGGACCUAAGGACAUUGACAGUCUUGCCAGCUGGGCUGGAUUACAACGAGUGGCUAGCCUCUCAUACCAUUGCAUUCUUCAACCAUGUCAACCUGAUUUAUGGUACCAUAUCCGAGUAUUGCACUAUAUCAGGUUGUCCAGAGAUGACAGGACCAGGCCUCCGGCAGUAUCUGUGGUUUGAUGAGAAGGGCAAGAAGACAAAAGUCGCUGCUCCACAGUACAUUGACUACGUGAUGACGUUUGUUCAGAAGACAUUAAGCGACGAGUCCAUUUUCCCCACAAAAUUUGAAGGAGAUUUCCCAGCAUCAUUCGAGAGCCUGGUGAAGAAGAUCCUUGGGCUGUUAUUCCAUGUGAUAGCCCAUUUGUACCAUGGACAUUUCAAGGAAAUUGUGUUGCUGAACCUGCACUCGCACCUCAACUGUUUGUUUGCGCACUUGAUUCUAUUUAACCACCAGUACCGCAUGAUUGAUGACAAGGAGACCAAUGUUUUGGAGGACCUUGUGGUGGCUCUCCAACUGCGCGAUGAUACCAGUGGCUUGCUGCUUGCGUCAGCCCCUGCACCAGCAGGACCAACACCUGGUGGUGCUGAGGAUGAGGACAACAAAGAGAACUGUGAUACCUGCAACAUCGAUGGCGCCUCUGCACUGACAGCCAAGAUGGACACUUCAGAGGAGCAGCAUUCGGCUGCAGCAUCUUCAGAGGCGGAUUGACAUUUGAUAGGGGUGGGGGGAGAGAGAACCGGAAAAUGUGUGGGUUGCCAGUACUGCUACUAUUCAGUCAAUUUUUUCUCAUCUGAUGAUGUGGACAAGCUAUUCCCCUUCUUCUUUCUUUUUUUGUGGAACAACCCCAUACUACCUGACGGGGGAAUGGUUUUGAUCCAGUUUUACGGGUUUGUCUGACUUCUUGAGGAAACUUCUUUGCAGCUCUUCGUGAAAGUCUGUGAACAGAUGAGCAAGCUGCUGAAUUGAAGAUUUGUCGAGUUAGGGAGUAGUUAAAAGUGUUAUCCAUUUCUCGGGCAUGCCCUUAGGUAGUUGCUGCUGCCCCAGAUUCAGUAUACGUAAGCUGCCUGCACUGCAGCAGUACCGACACUUCUUGCAUGUUUCACUUUUAGCCUUGUUAGUAGGGAGAGCUGUGUCGUUACGAGUUACGGUGCAUUUGCAUUGACAUCGAGAUGGAGGAUUAGCUUCUAAGAUUCUAUGUGUUGGCUGUUCUGGUGAUAGAUUGAAAUAAUUAGUAGACAUACUAUUGUAAUCGUGGAGUAGAAGGAAGCUCUCGUGCGACAACUUUUUUGGAUUCGUCUCUGUCUACCGGCACUCGGCAUUAAUGCAACUUUUUGAUCGUGAAGUCCCGAACAGGUUUGGAAGUGAGCCUGGUCCAAAUUUUAUUUUCUUGAUUGAGAUUAUUUUUCACAAUGCAAUGUGUGUCCCUAGCAAAUUUUUCUCGUUGCAUGCAUGCCAUGCGGAAUUAUGUAAGAUGAGAAUUGGGAGAUCGAGUUAUGCCCCUAAGGGGUAAUUGAAUCCAGUUUCUCGCAUCUCCUCUGAAAUGAAGUAGGAAUAAUUGAGGCAGCGGAUUGAAUCAGUUUUCUCGUGCACGUCUGUUCGCAUAUCUUCAGAAGAUGACACAAAGAGGAUAUUUUCUUCUUCGCUCAGCAAGGUAAUUGCUAGAGCGGGUGUUUUUCUCUUGUUGAUGGCGAUGUGAAGCAUGUUGCCUUUUUCUCGCUACGAGGUUCAGUCAGCUUUUGAUGUUUCCCUUCCUUAGAUUUGCAGCAGUGCAGUAUCAUCCCCUUUUUGAGGCAAACGCAGAUAUGCACCAAAUGAAUCUGCAUAGAGCGCUGUGAGAAUUUCUCGAUAUGGUCACCACCUUUUACCAGUCACUAGUGUUGUUCCAGGCAUUAUUAUUCAAAGUGGUUUGUUAGAGGUAGUCCAGUCUGUGAGUGGGAGAAAAUGGCUCGUGUCUGAAGCGAAUUGAAUGCAUUGCAUUUUCUCUGAUAUUGCAUCAUCCCUCAGUUGCAGUUGCCGAAGUGAGUUCUUCGUCUUGUGAAACGUUUUUUUCAAGCCAUGCUGCAAUCCAACCUGCAACAAUGUGUUUUGAGUUGAAGAAACAACCGAGAAUUUAUCAGAGGUGCAAAAAUCGCGUCAUGGUGGUGAUUCUCAUGGUUUUGCUCUGCUCAUUUCUUGUGUUUUUGUGUGAAGAGAGCCAGUUUUGAAUGGGUUCUCUGUUGCCGUCUAGUUCCUUGAAAUGACUCGCGGAGAUGUUGUGUCAGUUUCCUUAGAUUGUCCACGUAUGUGAUAAAGAUUUUUUUCUUUGGAAGAGCA